GUCCUGCUAGCAAGUAGUUUUAUACCUGUAUAUGCAGGAAUUAAGCCAGUGGAAUAUAAAGGAGAGAAGUGGGUUGAUGGUGGCCUUACGAAUGGCCUUCCUAUCUUACAUGUUGGAAGAACCGUAACGAUUUCUCCCUUCAGUGGUCGAUUAGAUAUCUGUCCACAAGAUAAAGGACGUGUGGAUCUUUAUGUUAAAUUUGCAAAACAAGAUAUAAUGCUCUCUGUGGCCAACCUAGUGAGACUUAAGCAAGCUUUGUUCCCACCAAACCAGAAGAAAAUGGAAUCAUUGUACCAAAAUGGAUUUGAUGAUGCUGUACAUUUUUUACUGAAAGAAAACUGGUUUGAAUAG